AUGGUGACGGCAGUAUUUAGUAAUUCUACAGUGGCCAGUGUUGUGGGUCAAGGCCAGGGAUUGGGAUUUGGAGAGAUUUUGAGGAAUAUUAGGAUGGUGGAGCCAGGGUUGAAUUUGUUGGAGCAAUAUUGGGCGGCGUGGUAUUGUUAUAUGGAUAACGAUGUUCUAGCUACAGGGUUAUUGUUUUUUUUGUUACAUGAGACCAUGUAUUUCGUAAGGUCUUUGCCAUGGUUUAUUAUUGAUCAGAUUCCGUAUUUCCGGAAGUACAAGAUACAGCCGACGAAGAUUCCUUCGGCGAAGGAGCAGUGGCAUUGUUUGAAGUCGGUUAUGUUGUCUCACUUUUUGGUGGAGUCCAUUCCGAUCUGGACGUUCCAUCCUAUGUGUGUGAAACUGGGGAUUAGUGUGGAGGCUCCGUUUCCCAGCUGGACGACUAUUAUUCCUGAAAUAGCGCUGUUCUUUGUUUUGGAGGACACAUGGCAUUACUGGGCGCACAGGUUAUUCCACUAUGGUGUUUUCUACAAGUAUAUUCACAAACAACAUCAUCGUUAUGCGGCUCCGUUUGGGUUGUGUGCCGAGUAUGCACAUCCUGCCGAGACAAUGACUCUUGGGUUUGGUACUGUUGGUAUGCCUAUCUUGUAUGUGAUGUAUACAGGGAAAUUGCAUUUAUUUACACUAUGUUUGUGGAUUACGCUAAGAUUGUUCCAGGCUGUGGAUUCUCACUCUGGGUAUGAUUUCCCAUGGUCUUUGAACAAGUUCCUUCCAUUCUGGGCAGGCGCGGAACAUCACGAUUUGCACCAUCACUACUUUAUUGGGAACUAUGCUUCGUCCUUCAGAUGGUGGGAUUAUGCCCUAGAAACCGAGUCUGGGUUAGAGGCCAAGGCCACCCGGGAGGAGAGGAUGAAGAGGAAGGCGGAGAACAAGAUCAAGAAAUUAAACUAA